AUGGAUUUGGAAGAUGAAGAAUGGGAACUCUGCUGCGACGAUGGCUUGGUCUUCAAACGCAAACGCGGUCGAUUCCAUCCUCCGCCGGAGUCCUCCUCGGCGUUGGAAGAGAAAAGGUUGGAGAACUUGCGGAGAGAACGGAAGAAACAGACCCUAUUGAAGCUUAAAUCGAAGUUCGAGAAGGAAAUUGUUCAUUGGGAAAAUUUGUCGAACACCUUGCGGUCGUUACAAAUUUCAUCUUCAACCCAGCUUCAACAACAGCAAGAGAAGCAGCAGAUACUAGAUCAAACCCCAUCUCUUCCUUCCACUUCUUCCUCCACUCAAUCAUCUCUCCUCGACGAUCUUCUCUUCCAGGUAGAAGCUCAGGAAGCAAUCAUUCGUGAUAUUUCCAAUUUAUGCGACGUUGCAGAAGCAAUUUGCUUCAAACAAGAACAAUCUUUGUUUGAUUUACAAAUCUGGUCUACACCACUUGAUCUCAUGCAAGUGUUAAGUUAUGAAGAUUAA